AUGUCUGGUUGUUCUGUAGCGGACAGGUGUCAGACGGCAGGACAACGACACGGUCGUGCCAUCGAUCUUCUGACACGUUGUAGAAUAAGAGCCAUUCGCUUAGAUGCAAAUAUUCGUGAGAUCGCGCACUGGCAAGACCAUCACUCUCGAUGUCGAGGCUCUGACACGAUCGACAAUGUCAAGGCUAAGGUCAAGGACAAGGAGGGGAUUCCUCCGGACCAUCAAUAUUCGCCGGGAAGCAGCUAG